AUGGAGCCGCCUCAUUCCUCAAUACCAGCCUCGGCGCUCGGCACUCCCGGCCGUCGCCGCAACGGACGCCUGCAGGCGUGUGAGCCCUGCCGCAAGCGAAAGGUAUCAUGCGACCAUGCCGUCCCGGCUUGUCGCCGGUGUAGGGCUCGCAAUAAUCCUGGUGGCUGUGUGUACCUGGGCGUUGAGGAAACGAGCCGCAAGCCCGCCCAGGCCCGGCCAAGAGGCUCAGUCAGACCAGCGAGUGCAAGGCCGUCUCCGGGCUCAAACGGGUCACCCAGUAUACAUGUACUGUCAGAUUCACCCGACUCGAGGAACCACCCUUCGGAGACCGGCCCUGGGUACAUGGGCUUCACUAGCUUCUCUGCCGUCUACCAGGAGACACAGAACAGUCUUUCUCUUGUACAAGGCCCACUGAUGGGUAUUUCCUCAGUCGUGACGGCUAGCCCUCCGGUUUCAGCGGUAGAAAAUGGCGACACAGGCAUCACGACUGUCGUCCUGUCCCCGCGAUCUCUCGAGGCCAGCCUAGUCGUACUCAAUCGAAUACCGACCGAAGACGUUGCCCUCCCGCUGUUCGAAAAGCACAUGAAUCCAAACGACGGAUGGAUGCGUCUAGCUGCGAAGCGUGUCAUCGAGUCGCUGAUCUCUGUCUUCGGCCGCACACUGAGAUCACGCAAGCCAAAGGACCUCGAGGAACUGGCCCGACUGCUCUCCUCAAACACGGCCAAGCAAUGGACUGAGGACGAGCUCGAGUCCGAUGCUUGGCUCUCGUCGUUUUCCGGUCGUAACAUGCGGUGGGAAAGCCUGGGUAUCCUGUUCACAUAUUGGGCCCUCGCUGCACUCGCAGACCAACCUCACCGCCCAGAACUACUUCGAAAGUCGGACAAGAGGCCUGCCCAGCUGACCCUUGUGUAUAAGGAAGCUUCAGAGAUCUGCAUCGAGCUCUGCAAGGGGUGCACGCCGAACAGCUUGCUGCUGUACCUCACAUACAAGGCAGCCAUCCUCGAAUCAAUGAUCGCCGGGGACGCCGCCCCGUCCUUUUGGAGACUCCACGGGGAGAACGUUGCCCUGCUGACAUAUCUUGGUCUCCAUGCCUUACAGGAUGAUAAGCCCUAUCUCCCAACGGCUGCCAAGGAGGUUAGAAGGCGGCUCGUCUCUCAGCUCUUUGUCAUUGACAAGGUGGCCGCGUCGUUCAGUGGCCGGCCACCGCUCCUAAGCAGGAAAUACAUGCUCACGCCACUUCCGCUGGACGUGUGCGACGAGGUGCUUAUUUCCGAUCCCGAGACAAUAGCCACGGCCGUUGAGGCGCUGGAUGAGAACGGGUGGAACCGCGAGGGCGCAUGCUACUCGACGACAAUUGUCCGGGCAAGGGCGAAGCUUGCGCGGGUCAAGGAUGAGGUGAUGGAGGUAGCCCUGGGUAGUCCUGCCUAUACAUCUAUCGACGCACUGCUAGCGUUGAAAGAACAUGAAUACGAGGCUUUUUCGGGUAUACCAGGCGUUCUCAAGUACUCACCUGACACGGUGAGAGACCCGAGUGUCCCAGCCCCGGAUAUCUACAUAAAGAUUCUUGUGCGGCUAGAACAUCUCCAAAACCUAUUGUUUAUCACACGUCUGCUGGUACAGUGGGGACACGACAGCAACGCCGAAUUGCUGAAUGUCAGCUUCGAGAUGGUCUCUGUCACGCUGGUCUUUUGGACGCAUAUGGAUCGCCUGGCUGGGCUCCAUGGAGACUUUGAGUGGCUAGUCAUGGCCUUCGCAGCCCCCGCUGGCGGGGUCCUCUGCAAUGAGCUGCUCAAGCCGUCCCUCCAACACACGCCUGUCCAAGGGGUCACUCGCUCCGGAAUAAUCCAGCAGCUAAGCCUCCUGAGCGGCUUCUUGGACUGGGUCAGCCCCUCGGCGCCGAAUGGCGAUCUGUGCAGUUCCUGCAAGGCUGUUAUACAGCACGUGUUGGACCAUGCCCUUAAUGCACCGCCAGUGUUGCCGUCGAGCGAGGCGCCCGAAGGUGCUUUCGAUUUCAAUCUUGACUUCUCGUCGGACAUUGAUGCCAUUAAUGGGUAUUUCAAUUUCGACCUGUUGAACACGUUUCACUUCGAGGCGCCCGCUCUUAUGGGAAGUUCUCAAGAGAUUUAA